UUCGAGCAAAUUUACAUUUAAAACAUCGGGUUAUGCUUCGGGAAAUAUUUCCACCCUUUGCAAAUUUCCGGGGAAGCGCGCUAUUUUGCCUUUUCAUGGCGACCCACAGUUACGAUACAGUGAGAGAGCGGUUUGGACAUCCAUGGCCUGAACUCAACGACGGGAUAGUCUACUCUGAUACUAUCAAGUCCAACAACCCUGCUGCUCUGACUCUCAUCGGCUUCUACUCUUCAAAGUACAUUGAUUCAGCUCCAUUGGAAGGAUGGCUCCAGCGGAUACGCAACGAACAGAUUAAGAUUGAUAACAAAGUUGUGACGAACCCAGACACACUUCUCAGCAUUGGGUCCAAUUUGCUAUAUCACCGUAUUCCUUGGAAAGAACUUGAUGCACCCUAUAUGCUGGAUGUGCUCUUCGAAGAUUCUGAUAUGGUUGCUGUAAAUAAGCCAUCAGGUUUGCAAGUUCUUCCUGGAGGACUUUUCCAACAGAGAACAGUAUUAUCACAACUUCAAUGGCGAACUUAUGGACCAUAUUGUUCCUCACAAACACUUAGGUUAACUUCCUCUUCUCAAGUAACUCAUCCCAUUCCCGUUCAUCGUUUGGGAAGGGGAACAUCUGGCAUACUGCUCUGUGCGAAAACAGUGCAUGCAAAAGUUCAUCUAGCUGCUUGUUUUGCUGAUGCCACUUCACUUGCUACAAAAAAUAGACAGAGCAGUGAAGAGCUUCAUAUAAGAAGAAUUUCAAAAACAUAUCGAGCACUAGCCACUGGGAUUCUAGAGAAGGAUGAGGUCCUGGUGAAGCAGCCAAUUGGAUUAAUGAGAUAUUCUGGAGUUGCAAGUGGAAUUUAUGUGGCUUCUUCAUCAGGCAAACCUGCUGAAAGUAGAGUGAAGGUUCUUCAGCGUGAUUUUCGAAUGAACUGCACAUUGGUUCAGGUUGAGAUAUAUACAGGACGCCCACACCAAAUUCGCAUUCAUCUUUCAUUCAUUGGACACCCCCUUUUAGGGGAUCCCCUUUAUAUAAGCAGUGGAGGUCCAAAGUGCUUUGAGUCUGAAUCGAGUGUGGACAUUAUUGGUUUCAAGGGAUUUGCACAAGACGGUGGACAUUUGCGGCCAUCAAAACCUGUUCCUGGUGAUUGUGGUUAUCACUUGCAUGCACACCAGCUGGUACUCUACCACCCAACCGCAUAUGAGAAUGGUGUACAGGUAAUAGAAAUUAUUGCGCCACUCCCACGUAUCCUCCAAAGUGAAGAAGAGCGUGAUCAGUAUACAGAGACACUGAUGGAAAUUCAGACAACUGAUGCUUCUAAUUCUCUUUAACGUGAUGUUGUAUUCAGAGAAGGUUGGCAAAUCUGCAAGCGAUAACUCAAUAUCCUACUCCAAUGAUAACCAACAUUUCUCCUGCAAAAAAGAAAAGAUAUGUUGCUCCUCCUAUUGUGGCUUGAAAAUUUCAAGAGAACCACAUUCUAAUAUCUUACUCUUUUAUGACCAUCGUAUUGUUAUAUUCUUUAUCUUGAACAUCUUUACUGGUCUUUAGUCAAUGAGUUAUUUAAUAGAUAGUUUCUCCUGCUCUUUAAUGCAAUGAUACAUACUGGACACUCAAAUGGAUUGUAGCAACCAUGCUUCGUCCUGUCCUUCAUACUGAAGUUCUACAUGUUUCAUUUAUCCUUCCAUGGCAACAUUUGCCUGUUGUCUACUUGUUGAAUUUUGACGACAAUUUAUGAGAUUACAUACUGUGAGUAAUCCAGUUAUCUAGA